GACGCCGAGUAUUCUUCUACAAUUGUUCCUCAGCUACUGCAGUCGAAAAUCUCUGGGUCGAAGAAUGUCAAAUGGAAGAGCGGUUAAUGGGUUCCUGCUCGAUAUAACGGGAGUUUUGUAUAAUAGUAUUUAUAAAUCCGAUGGAGUUGCUGUUCCAAAAUCAGCUGAAGCGGUUAAUUUUUUGUAUCAACACUCGAAGGUAAAAUUUCUUAGCAAUGCAAAAGGAAAUUCAAACAGAAAUGUUGCUCGGAGACUUCAAAGACUCGGAAUCAAUGUUCGAGAGGAAGACGUCAUAACUCCAGCUCCAGUGGUUGCACAAUAUUGUCGAGAGAACAAGCUUCGCCCACAUCUGUUUGUCAGAGACGAUGUGCUUGAAUACUUCGAUGGAAUCGACACCUCAUCUCCGAAUUGUGUUGUGAUGGGUGAAGUUGAAGAAGGUUUCUCAUUCGAUCGAAUCAACAGAGCUUUCCGAAUUCUCAUCGACAUGCCUAAACCGCUUCUCAUAACAAUGGGCAAUGGAAAGUUCUUCCAACGAGUUGAUGGUCCGUGCAUUGAUGUCGGCGCUUUUGCUGCUGCUCUCAAGUUCUCAACUAAUUGUGAGGUUUUGAACAUUGGAAAACCAAGCCGGUUCUAUUUCGAGCAAGGAAUGAAUGCAUUGGGUAUGAAACCAGAAGAAAUUGUAAUGGUUGGCGACGAUUUGAUGUCGGACGUAGGCGGUGCUCAAGCUUGUGGAAUGCGAGGUGUUCAAGUGAGAACUGGUAAAUGGAGACCAGAUUUCGAAAAGAUGCCCGUGACUCCUGAUCUCACUGCUGAUUGUCUUUACGAUGCGGUUAAACUGAUUGCGGAUAACGGAUUCAGGUUGUAAUUUAAUCCAAACUUCUAUUCUCACUUUAUGUGCUGAUCGAAAAGCUUUAUGUAGAGAAGAUUCGAAACGGAAAAAUAACAUUUUAUUUACAAUACCCGCUAGAACCAAUGCAACAAUUCUGAUGAUUUUCUCUGAUUUCUUUGUAUUUCUCAAAUGUAUAUAUAAAUAGAAAUAUAACAUAAAUUGAAAGUAAUAAAAAUAAAGACUUCGAGUACCCAAAUAUCCUAAUUUCAACAAUUUCUAAUCUUUACGACUCCAUGAUUUGUUCGUAAAGAUUGCUAAUUCGUGUGUAUCUAACUGCAUCUUUCAGUAUUGUCGCUUUAGCCAAUAAAUGAAAGU